AUGAACGACACCAAAGACGACUCACAGGCGUCUGCCUCGUCCGACGACCACCCCAACAUCCCCAGCUUCUGCUACCGCCUCCCGCCCGAUCUCUCCUCCUCCAUCUUCAGCACCUUUAUAGCGGGCGCCGCGCGCGACGACAUUGCCAACCUCCUCUGCUCCUCCGAAUCGACCUAUCUCUUCUUCUCCUACCUCCUCCACGAAAAGUUGGCAGUCGACGGGACCAAGGCCACCGAGUUCUUUGGCGACUCUGUUAGCGAAGAUGGAGCGGUGUGGCCAUUGUGCCCCAGGGCGGGACAUUUGAGUGCGAAAGAGCUCGGCCAGGUGAUGCCCAAUGUGCCGGAGAGCUUGUGCCGCCGCUUUGCCGACUUUGACCCUGUGGUUCACCUGCUGAAUCUCGGGAUCAACGUCUUUUCCGAAGAAAAGGAUAAUCAGAUUGUUGCGUUGUUCAAGAAGGUGCUGCUGUGCCGGUCGAUCAAAAAGAUUGUGGUGAGAGAUGUCGCGGCUGCUGAAGUGCUGGCCGAGUUUAUCGUCAAUGUCCAAUCCAGCUUUUCCGACUUGUCCUCGUUCGACACUCUCUCCAACACUGUUACCGGGAGGUUCCUCGCAUUCAUGAAUGUCGAAUGGCUGGUAUUUGACGGUUCCUUUGCCAAGGAUAUCUGCAGCGACGAGACUGGGUGCGCGAACGACCCCGUCAGGACCGUCUUGAGAGAGAUCCGCCCUCACAACAUCUGUAUGUGGGCGCCCAAAGCAUUCCAAUUCCAAGAAGUCUCCAUCAUCCCGCAAGCUCUCCUCGACUAUGGCCUCGCAGAUCAGAUCGAGCGGCUCAUCAUCCACGACACGACAGUCUGCUCGCUCGUGCGCUACUAUCCUGCAAGACAUACCGAGUUUUACUUUGGGUCGUACUUGAACCCGGAGGAUGGAUCUUGUCGCAAUUGCCCCGGUAUGGCGAUGCCGUGCCAGUGCUGUACGACCGGCUAUAUCGAUUUCUUCAAGUUGUGUUUCACAGGCGCAGUGUCUGAUUGGACAGACGAAAGUGGCACUAACCAUCCCAGGUCAUUCGAGAUGCACGGGCUCGGAGUUGACAGAGCCAAGGUGGUCUUUCUCCUCGGCAAGCUUUGGCAGCACGACAGCUUGUGGAGUGACGCAGGUGACGAUUUGUUGCUGGUACAUGGGCCUAAUGAGAGUGUAAAGUGUUGCGAGGGAUGUGGGGAUGCGUGA